AUGCGGGCCCAUCACACGCGGCACUUCCGCAACCUUGCAAUAGCAGCAGCAGCCGCUUCUCCUCCAAGGACGGCACGCCUCCCCAUCAUAUAUUGGCCGCCGUGCUCCCGCUCGUUGUCUCCGUUUCGGAGCUUCCAUUCCGGUCGGCUAGCUGCGACGCUAGAACGGGAAAGGGGAAACGAUGAUCGCAAAGAAUCCUCUCUCGGAAAUGCAGCUGACCGAGACCUCUCAACUUCUGGCGCCAGGGAAACGGAGCACUCACGCAGCGCAACGUCCGCUUCAAAGUCGAAGAACCCAACGAUCUUGCAGAGUGCUCAUUCGAAAGAAGCGGGAGAGAAUGGACAGGAACCACCACCGGCAGGUGCUCCUCAACAGAGCGAACAAUUAUCAAUCUCCCCACCCACCCCGUCAGCCCACCUCCCUCACUGGGCCAGACCCCAAACCCGCAAAUACCGCACCCUCCGCGACCCAAAACUCUUUCGCACCCUCGAUGCCGCUCUAACAAAUCCCACCCCGCCACCCGCUCGCAAAAUCUGGUCCCUCUAUCUCUCCAUCCGCAGGGCAAACGACGUCUCCCAUUGCACAAACCACCACUUCCGCACCCUCCUGCGCGUUCUGAAAACCCCACACUCGCUUAAUCUCACGCCCCGCGACCACCUCCAUGCGAUCAAUACACUGUGGGAAGACUACUUUGCCGCGUCUGGCCAAGAUGCACCGGAUGUGGAUGUCUACAGCGCAUUUUUGGACGCUUAUACCCGCGCAGGCAGCGUCGAGGGCGUGGAGAAGUUGAUGUUGGCCAGGAAUCUGCAUGGGGUCAAGCUAUCCCUUUUCAGUAUCAGGGAAUCGAUGGUGGAAUGUCUCGCGCGUUCGGGACGGUUCGACGAGGCGAGGGUGAGUAUUUAUGGUGGAACCGGGACCGGUGCGAAACGAAUGGUCUGGACGCGCCCUCAAACAACGCAGUUAUGUAAUGCGUUCAUCAAGGGAUGUGCGUUGGGACACCAUCAGGACGAGAUGGAGGGGAUGGUCGCGCACAUGCAGCAGCAACGUCGAGACGCCGAGAGCGCAGCAGCACAACCAAACGCAGAUCUGGACACAACAACCCACCGCCACCUCAUCGCCUACUACGCCGUCACCAAGCAGAUUCCCCACAUGGAACGGUGGUUCGACCGUCUCAGAACAUCCCACCCAAUACCGCCAACCGCGCGGACGUACAUUUCCCUCCUCGGCGGGUACGCACUCGCCGAACACCCUGCGAAAGUGAGUGCGACUUUGGACGAAAUGGACCGCGCUGGGAUACGGCCUACGGACCGCUCGGCGUUGUAUGUGACGGGGUUGGCGGCGAGGGUGCGGGAUCCGGUGUUGGCGUGGAGGGGGUUACGGUGUCCUGUGGAUGCCGAGUGGGCGGAUGAAGAGGGUGCGAGGCGGGGGGGGUGGAAAAUCGGGUUUGUCAAUUCUCGGACAGCGAGAAACGUUGCGGUUGCUAUGGGAGAUCUUCGUCGGUUGGCUUGGCGAUCUGGGGAGGAUGGUCCGAAUGGGGAACCCACCCACGACACCACCACCACCCCCCUCGAAACACCCGUGCCCGAGACCGCAAAUGAUGCCGUGAGCACGACGGCGGUCCCCCCCAUCCCUCACCCACCACCAACCCCUUCCCAAAUCCUAUCAACCCUCCACCAAAUCCUCACAAUCGCACACCUCCCGACCACCCCACCCCACAUCGCCACCGCCCUCCGUACCCUCCUCAAAGGAUACGCCGCUAUUCCGUGUGCAGAUAGCGCGGAGGCGGUACUGGGGUGCUUUGAGGUGGCGGGGUUGGAGGUCGAUGAGGCGUCGAGGAGGUUGGUUAAGGCAAGGGGGUGGAAGACAGGGGGUCAGGGUGGGAAACGAGGGGGUGGCGAGUGA